CCAGCUGCACUAUAACUGCUUCACUCCUUGACUUGGCGACGACAGCGUGAAUUUGUUUCAGUGCAAGAAAAACGUGGCCACGACUUUGUGACCAAAAUAAAAAUCCCGUCCAGUCGAGACUUGCCUCUCACUACAAGCCUGUUUCUUUCCCCGAAUAAUACUAAAACAAAGACGGGUUUGUUAAAGAUAAGUAUCCUUCCUUGUGAGAGGGACAACCAACACCACCAGAGCUGCUGGAAACUCUACUCCUGUGCUGGACCGCGCUGUCAGCAGCAUGACAGGAAAGCCUCCCCUAGACAACAGCGAGGACAGAGGCUGGCUGGGUGAGGGUCAGUCUGAACUUCAGCUAACAAGUGAUCCAAGUGAAGCACAGAGAAAUGACGGAGACCGGCCCGCGUGGGGGUCCAAAGUCCAGUACGUGUUAGCCCAGGUGGGCUUCAGCGUGGGCUUGGGAAAUGUAUGGAGGUUCCCGUACCUUUGCCAUAAAAAUGGAGGAGGGUCUUUCAUGUUGCUGUAUGUGUUUCUUCUCCUGAUCGUGGGGGUUCCUCUCUUCUUUAUGGAGUUGGCAGCUGGCCAGAGCAUUCGACAGGGCAGCAUCGGUGUGUGGAAGCACAUCUCCCCAAAACUGGCAGGGAUUGGCUACUCCAGCUGCAUGGUUUGUUUUUACGUGGCCCUUUACUACAAUGUUAUCAUUGCAUGGAGCCUGUUCUACAUGGGUAACUCUUUUCAGUAUCCUCUACCUUGGGAGCAGUGCCCAGUUGAUGUAGCCACUAACGACACAGUAAAAGAAUGCGCAAGCAGCUCUGCAACAUCAUAUUUCUGGUUUCGCAAGGCUCUUAACAUCACCAACUCCAUCGACGAAUCUGGAGAGCUUAACUCCAUCAUGACCGGCUGUUUAUUGGCGGCUUGGACAAUUGUGUCAUUGGCAAUGAUCAAGGGCAUCAAGUCUUCUGCAAAGGUGAUGUACUUUUCCACAGUUUUCCCCUAUGUGGUGCUCUUUAUUUUCCUCAUUCGAGGAUUGAUGUUGGACGGUGCAGUUGAAGGAAUCACCUAUAUGAUUUAUCCUAAACUGGAAAUCUGGGGGAAUGUGCAGGUGUGGCGACAGGCCGCCACACAAGUCUUUUUUGCCCUCGGCCUGGGCUACGGCUCCGUUAUCGCAUAUUCCUCCUACAAUCCCUUCCACAACAACUGCCACAGGGAUGCACUGAUGGUCUCUGGCAUUAACUUCAUGACGUCUGUGUUGGCCUCGCUGGUAGUUUUUGUUGUGCUGGGCUUCCGUGCCAAGAACAUUGCACUGCGCUGCGUGGCUAAAAAUCUUGGUCUGCUAAGCUCCGUGGCAUCACAUGGACCUGAACAGCACUGGUGGCCUUCGUUCAACAUUACCGAUCCGGAUUCUGUGUCUUUGCCUGAGUACAGAGAUUGGUACAGUCACUACAGCUCCGUGGUGAGCUCCAACAUCACUGACUGCAGCCUGGAGGAGGAGAUGAAUAAGGGCGUUGAAGGGACAGGUCUGGCAUUCAUAGCCUUCACUGAGGUGAUGGCCCUCUUCCCGGCCAGCCCCUUCUGGUCAGCACUGUUUUUCCUAAUGCUGCUCAACCUGGGCCUCAGCACCAUGUUUGGCACCAUGCAGGGAAUCCUCACACCACUUAUGGACAACUUCAGCUUCUUGGGACGCCACCGGACUGCACUCACUGUUUCCAGCUGUGCUUUGGGCUUCUUGAUAGGUCUGCUGUUCACACAGCGCUCGGGCAACUAUUUUGUGGCUAUGUUUGAUGACUACUCGGCAACUCUGCCGCUCAUCAUUGUAGUCAUUUUUGAAACUUUCAGUGUGUCGUGGGUUUAUGGAACUGAUCGCUUUAUGGAUGAUAUUGAAGUCAUGCUCAAAUGGCGCCCUCCAGUGGUGUACAAAUAUCUUUGGAAAUAUGUUUGUCUGCUGGCAAUGAUUGGGCUUCUGGCUGCCAGUUUGUUGCGUAUGGUCUUUAAAUCUCCCACGUACACGGCCUGGGACCAAAGCACAGGUUCUGAGAUGACUCUCGAGUAUCCAGGCUGGGCCUUGGCUAUGAUUGUCAUGCUCAUCGUCUUUGCAAGCUUGCCUGUUCCCAUUGGCUACAUCCAUUCUGUCCUGAAAGACCGCAGGCUCCGUAGCGCUCACUCUAAGGAGGGAGGCGUCCAGGAGAUGCACCGUGAGUUGUACACCAAGUGCAAUUCCACCGAGCAGCUGGAUUCAAACUCCCAAUGUCGAGCCCCCACUGCGGAGGGCGAGCGUCGUCCGUCUGCCUUCCCUCCAAUGGGCAACGAACUCUACCAGCCACUGGGGCAAGAGGAGGAGGACGAUGAGGAGGAGCAGGAUACAGGAGUAUGAGCACAGCUGGCAAGAAAGAGACGUCAACAGAAUAAGACUUUUAUCAGUGGCAAAGUCUUUGGGUUGCACCCCAUAAUCUUUCAUUCAAGUGAAUGCUACGUCAAUGACAAACCAAAGUUAUUUUGACUAUUUAUAUUAACACACUACCUGUCAAUUUAAAAGCUCCUUUAAAUUUUGUGGAUCUAUGAAAUGUAUGAAACUGACCUCAGCUUUUUGUACAUAACUCAUUAUUUACUGAGCCAAAAGUGCUGUUUAAGAAAAACAAAUAAAUAGCUAUGUUUGUUAAAGGUU